AUGGCGGUCCAUGUGGUACAAUCACCGGCAGACCUGCAAUCGAAACUGAACGAGGAUCUCGAGCGAGUCACACUGCUCAACUUUCGCGCAGAUUGGGCGGAGCCAUGUCAGGCGAUGGACCAAGUCGCCCUUCAUCUCUCCCAACAUUACCCUGCCUCGAAGCUGCUUGUCUUGUCCAUCGACGCAGAGGAGCAAGAGGAUAUCUCAGAGUCCUUCCAAGUCGAUGCUGUUCCCUACACGAUCCUCCUCAGAGGUCAUCAGCUUCUGGAGCGCCUGUCCGGUGCACAAGCUGAGCUCCUCAACCAGAAAGUCAAGCUGCACAUCAACUCCAAAGCCCGGCCGGCCGUGCCGCUCAGCAAGACGACACAAGCUCCAGAGGCGCCACCCAAGGCGGCCUAUCAUGCAGACGCAAAGGAAACCGCACAGACUACAGCAAGCAACGACACCGCACAUGGACCUAUGCCAAUCGCCGAAGACGAGGAGGAACCGGAAGCAGAUCUCACUGCGCGCUGCCAAGAACUCAUGACUGCCGCGCCCGUCAUGCUCUUCAUGAAAGGUGAUCCCACGAUGCCAAGGUGUGGCUUCUCGCAAAAGACUGUUGCCCUCUUACGCAAGGAGAACGUCGACUUUGAUUCAUUCGACAUCCUUCAGGAUGAGUCAGUCCGGCAGCAUCUAAAGAAGCUCAAUCAGUGGCCGACUUUUCCACAACUGAUCGUCAAGGGCGACUUUGUGGGCGGGCUCGAUAUCCUGACAGAGAUGAUCGAUACCGGCGAGCUCAAAGAGUUGCUCGCUGCAGCCUAA